AGCAGGCACCUCGUUGCACGUUCCACCUCCCUCUCCUCCUCCACUCCUGACCCUCCGACGCCGCCCAAUUUUUUUUUCCCUCCUCCCUGGUGGAAGUGGGCCGCCUCCCGAUCUCACCCCCACCGACAAUGCCGCCGCGCCGCGCGCGGGCGCGCGGCCGCCGGCGUUGCUAGGAUCCCCGCGCGACCCCACGCCGCGCCGCGGCCGGAGGAGAGGCCCCCGACCACCAUCCCGGCGGGCCCAGGCCGACCAAUGCGCGAGCGCGCCCGGCACGCGACCCGCGUGUCACCGAUGCCGCCGCCCGCGGGUGGCGACGACCCCGACGCCGACGCGGCGCCCUCCUGCAGCGGCUCCGCCGACGAGGGCGACCCGCAGGAGCGGUCGCUCCCCAACGGCGACAUGUACACGGGCCAGUGGCGCGGCGCCGUGCCCCAUGGCGCGGGCAAGUACCUCUGGGCGGAUGGGUGCAUGUACGAGGGCGAGUGGCGGCGCGGCAAGGCCACCGGCCGCGGCAGGUUCUCCUGGCCGUCCGGCGCCACCUACGAGGGCGAGUUCCUCGACGGCUUCAUGCACGGCGCCGGCACCUACGUCGGCGCCGCGGGGGACACCUACCGCGGCGCCUGGGCCAAGAACCUCGAGCACGGCGCCGGCGAGAAGCGCUACGCCAACGGCGACCGCUACGACGGCGAGUGGCGCGCGGGGCUCCCCGACGGCUGCGGACACUACGCCUGGCGCGACGGCACCGAGUACGCCGGCGGCUGGCACGCGGGGCUCAUCCACGGCCGCGGCGCGCUCGUCUGGGCCAAUGGCAACCGCUACGACGGCGGCUGGGAGGGCGGCCGCCCGCGCGGGCAGGGCACGUUCCGCUGGGCCGACGGCAGCCUCUACGUUGGCUUCUGGGGCCGCGAGGCGCCCGGUGGCGCCGUCCACCAGAAGGGCGUGUACUACCCGUCCCCGGCGGCGGCGAGCGGCUCCCCCCGGGCGCGAGACCCGAGGGAGGUGUUCGCACGGGAGCUGCCGGAGUGCGUGCGCUCCGGCACCGAGGCUCAAUCGGCGCUCACGUCUCUUAGAUCGCUCAAAUGGCUGAUGCGGUCUGUCAGCGGGCGCGGAAGCAGCUCCUCCGGCCGGAGCAAUGGCUCGGCAGGCAGCCUCGUGCACUUCUGGGGGUCCGAUGGCGAGGUAAAGUGUGACCUUGGGGAUGACUGGAGGCGGCGGAGCGUCAGGGAAGGGAGGGGGUUGCCACCGCCAUCGCUGGCCCCAGUGCCACACCUGACCAACGGCGCCCCCCUGCGGGUGUUCAAGCGGCAGGGGGUGACCAUUGCCAAGGGGCACAAGAACUACGAGCUAAUGCUCAACCUGCAGCUCGGUAUCAGGCAUGCAGUAGGAAGACAAGGUCAAGCUAUAUUAGACCUCAAAUCAUCAGCAUUUGAUCCAAAGGAGAAAGUGUGGACAAAAUUCCCUCCUGAAGGCUCAAAAUAUACCCCUCCACACAAUUCUUGUGAUUUCAAAUGGAAGGAUUACUGCCCAAAGGUGUUCCGGACACUCCGUAAACUGUUCAAGGUUGACCCAGCUGACUAUAUGUUGUCCCUCUGCGGAGAUGAUGCUCUUCGUGAGCUCUCAUCCCCUGGCAAGAGUGGAAGUUUCUUUUACUUGACGAAUGAUGAUCGCUACAUGAUAAAGACAAUGAAGAAAGCUGAAGUGAAGAUGCUUCUGAAGAUGCUUCCAGCUUACUACAAUCAUGUCCGCGCAUUUGAGGAUACCUUAGUGACAAAGUUCUUUGGUCUACAUUGUGUAAAAUCUGGAACACACCAGAAGAAGGUUCGUUUUGUCAUAAUGGGAAAUUUGUUCUGCUCUGAUCAUCCUAUCCAUAGGCGAUUUGAUCUGAAAGGAUCAUCUCUUGGCCGUAUAACUGACAAGCCACCGGCUGAGAUUGACGAGUAUACAACUCUGAAGGACCUUGAUCUUAACUUUACCUUUCGGUUACAGAAACAAUGGUACCAAGAGUUUCAAAGGCAAGUGGACAAGGAUUGCGAGUUCCUUGAGCAGGAGAAGAUUAUGGAUUACAGUCUAUUGGUGGGUGUACAUUUUAGAGGUAAGAAAGACAUAUCUGCUUCUGCAGGUGGGUUGAAAACUCAAAUCCUGACUUGGUUAUGUGUGUUCAUUGAAGGUGCCAUUGACGUUGAUGGUGAAAAACUUGCAACACCUCGCGUUUCAAGAUGGGACAGGGAUCACUUUCGUUCUGAUCCAAACAGGUGGUCGAAAAUUAAACUUGGGGCAAACAUGCUGUCAAGGGCUGAGCUGACAAUCCGAAAGAAUGAUGGUGAUGUUUUUGGAGAGCCAACUGGGGAGUACUGUGAUGUUAUAUUGUAUUUCGGGAUUAUUGACAUACUUCAGGACUAUGACAUUGGCAAAAGGCUAGAGCAUGCGUACAAAUCUUUUCAGUAUGAUUCAGCAUCCAUCUCAGCAGUCGAUCCAAAACAGUAUUCCAGGCGCUUCAAAGAUUUCAUAUACAAAGCUUUUCAAGAGGAUAAAGUAGACAAAGAUCCGGUUUUGCGGGGCCGCGGGUCUGGAUGGGAACAACACGUGCGGCAUUGCGGAGAGGAGGUGCGAGGGCCACGCGGGGGGAGGACGAGGACGAGGACGACGACGACGACGAGGGGGCGCGCCGCGACGGUGAGGGUGGAGGACGCCGGCGAUGGGAGGGGGCUGCCGCCGCCGUCGCCGGCGACGGGGCCCUACGCCGGCGGCAGGUCGCGCGGCCCGCGGCGGCAGGGAGAGACCAUCGCCAAGGGCCACAAGAACUACGAGCUCAUGCUCAAUCUGCAGCUCGGCAUCAGGCAUGCGGUAGGAAAGCAAGGUCCAAUUACGCUUGAUCUUAAAUCAUCAGCUUUUGACCCAAAGGAGAAAGUAUGGACGAGGUUCCCUCCGGAAGGCUCAAAGUACACCCCUCCGCACAGUUCUUGCGAUUUCAAAUGGAAGGAUUACUGCCCACAAGUAUUCCGGACAUUGCGCAAGUUGUUCAAGGUUGAUGCUGCAGACUAUAUGUUAUCCCUUUGUGGAGACCAGGCUCUCCGGGAGCUCUCAUCUCCUGGUAAGAGUGGAAGCUUCUUUUAUCUCACGAGCAAUGACCAGUACAUGAUAAAGACAAUGAAGAAAGCUGAAGUAAAGAUAUUUUUGAAGAUGCUUCGAGCUUAUUAUAAUCAUGUCAGGGCAUUUGAGAACACUCUAGUCACAAAGUUUUUCGGUCUUCACUGUGUCAAAUUAGCUGGAGCAAACCAAAAGAAGGUCCGUUUUGUCAUAAUGGGAAAUCUGUUCUGCUCUGAGUACUCUAUUCAUAGGCGAUUUGACCUGAAAGGUUCAUCCCUUGGACGUACAACUGAUAAGCCACAGACAGAGAUUGAUGAGUACACUACUCUGAAGGAUCUUGACCUCAACUUUAUAUUUCGAUUGCAAAAACAUUGGUACCAAGAGUUCCAAAGGCAAGUCAACAGGGACUGCGAGUUUCUUGAGCAGGAAAAUAUCAUGGAUUAUAGUCUCUUGGUUGGUGUACAUUUUAGGGAUACUAGGGAUAGGCUAUUGACCGGAGGUUCAUUUGAUAGUGACAGCAGCAGAGGAUCAUCACCUCACUUGUCUAGAGGAGAUACGGAUCCAAACAGGUUUGCCAAGAUAAAACUUGGGUCAAACAUGCCGAUAAGAGCUGAACGGACAGUAAGAAAGACCGACAUUGAGCCGCAGAUUAUUGGAGAGCCUACUGGGGAGUUCUACGAUGUUGUACUAUAUUUUGGGAUCAUAGACAUACUUCAGGAUUAUGAUAUCAGCAAGAAGCUUGAGCAUGCAUACAAGUCUUUCCAAUAUGACCCAACAUCCAUUUCAGCAGUCGAUCCAAAACAGUACGCGAGACGCUUCAGAGACUUUGUAUUCAAAGCGUUCCAGGAAGACAAGUUUGACUUGUGAAAACACAUGGUAGCUCAGGAGCCACCGUUGCUGCUGACAUGGAUACAACCAGCUUGAAAUAGAUACAAACAUGGUGCUGCUCGCAUUGUAGCAGAGCUUUUGGUGACCUUGCUUGCUACUUCAACACCAGACUGCAGCGCAGGACAGAAGCUUCAGCAGAAGGCGUCAGGUUGAUGAAGCCCCUUGCUUGCGGACUCUGGGGGAUUCAGUUGGCUCUCAUGUAGAAAUAAGGCUCCAACUCGAGAUAUCGGUGCAUUUCAAAUUAAGCAGGUUCAACAGUAUUUUUUUCAUAAAAUAGUUGCUUGGCAAACUGCUUCAGCUCUGCUGCAUUUCUACAGCUGCUAUGUUACACUGCACUGUAUAGCAAUGUAGCAUAGCGCAGCGGUGCCAAGCUAUGCCUAAGACAAAGUAUACAUGCAUAUAGAAAUCACUGAUAUUAGUGUAGACGCUGACAACCUACAGAGAAAUUUGUAAUGACAGUUCAGGGAUGUAAAUCUUUUUUACAUGAGGCGGACA